GUCUUCAGAAAAUGGAAGUCCAAUCGCUCUAAUAGUUUUAGGAUAUGCUUACAGGGAGGGAAAAUUUAGACUUGAACAAGAUUUGGAUAAGGGAAAGAAAUAUUUAGAAUGUGCUAGUGAAAGAGGAAAUGAAAAAGCAACAGAAAUAAUUAAUUCUUUUACUUCAAAAAGAAAUGCUUAUCUUUACAAUAUUGUAGAUAAAUUAACAGAUACGAGUUCUAGUGCCGAUAGGGAUUUUUAUGUAAGGGUUGGUAAUAAUAAAUUUCAACAAAGUGGCAUAACACUUGAUCUUCCUUCAUCACAGUUAAUAAAUACUACCAAUGAGGAGUAUGAAGAAUACUCGAACAU